UUCGCUGAGGUUUGCAUCUUACCGCCGUCAAAGCGGAGGCUCCAGACACGAGCCGGGCAGCCCCAGAGCCAAGGACCACACUGGCCAGGUUUCCUCUACAAUCAAACGCCAGGGCUCACCUCUGGGAGCCCAAGCCUGCCCUCCUGUCCAGAAUGACUCACCAUUCUUCCUGACUCGGGUGCUAGGACGAUAUGGGGAGCUCAGCUGUCUGUUUGUGUAUCUAGGAUUCCCCCAGAGUCUCAGCGGCUUGGUUACUAAGAGACCUCCCUGAUUCCAACUCCUCCAGCCAAGCCAAGCAGGCACUCUUUAAUGUGCAGAGCUCCCCGAACGCUCUCAUGUUCAAACCCAAGCUGAUACACCUGCUUUUCUGGGGGACAUUAGCAUUGUCCUGAAAGCUCUCCCCUGGGAUAGCUGGAAGGUGUAGAGCCAGGAGCCUUUCCCAGCCCCCAUUAUGACAGUGGCCACUGGAGACCCAGCAGAUGAAGCUGCCGCCCUCCCUGGGCACCCCCAGGACACCUACGACCCUGAGGCAGACCAUGAGUGCUGUGAGAGGGUAGUAAUUAACAUCUCCGGAUUGCGAUUUGAGACACAGCUCAAGACUUUGGCCCAGUUUCCAGAGACCCUCUUAGGAGACCCGAAGAAGCGAAUGAGGUACUUUGAUCCACUCCGAAAUGAAUACUUUUUUGACAGGAACCGCCCUAGCUUUGAUGCCAUCUUAUAUUACUACCAGUCUGGGGGCCGAUUAAGGCGCCCUGUGAAUGUCCCCUUGGAUAUCUUCUCAGAAGAAAUCCGCUUUUAUGAACUGGGUGAGGAGGCGAUGGAGAUGUUCCGAGAGGACGAAGGCUACAUCAAGGAGGAAGAGCGUCCUUUACCGGAAAAUGAGUUUCAGAGACAGGUGUGGCUUCUAUUUGAAUAUCCAGAGAGUUCUGGGCCAGCCAGGAUUAUAGCUAUUGUGUCUGUCAUGGUGAUUUUGAUCUCCAUUGUGAGUUUCUGUCUUGAAACUUUGCCCAUUUUUCGGGAUGAGAAUGAAGAUAUGCCUGGUGGUGGGAUUCCUUUCCAUACCUACUCUAACAGCACCAUUGGGUACCAACAAUCCACUUCCUUCACCGACCCUUUCUUUAUUGUGGAGACACUAUGCAUCAUCUGGUUCUCCUUUGAGUUCCUAGUCAGGUUCUUUGCCUGUCCCAGCAAAGCCGGUUUCUUCACCAACAUCAUGAACAUCAUUGACAUCGUGGCCAUCAUCCCGUACUUCAUCACCCUUGGGACCGAGCUGGCAGAGAAGACAGAUGACGCCCAGCAAGGCCAGCAGGCAAUGUCAUUGGCUAUCCUCCGUGUGAUCCGGUUGGUAAGAGUCUUUAGGAUUUUCAAGCUGUCCAGACACUCCAAAGGGCUCCAGAUCCUAGGGCAGACCCUCAAGGCCAGCAUGAGAGAAUUGGGCCUCCUGAUAUUCUUCCUCUUCAUCGGGGUCAUUCUCUUCUCUAGUGCUGUCUAUUUCGCAGAGGCAGAUGAGCGAGAUUCCCAGUUCCCUAGUAUCCCCGAUGCCUUCUGGUGGGCAGUCGUCUCCAUGACAACAGUAGGCUACGGAGACAUGGUCCCCACCACCAUUGGGGGAAAGAUUGUGGGUUCCCUUUGUGCAAUUGCAGGUGUCUUAACUAUUGCCUUACCAGUCCCUGUCAUAGUGUCCAAUUUCAACUACUUCUACCACCGGGAGACAGAGGGAGAGGAACAGGCCCAGUACUUACAAGUGACCAGCUGUCCAAAGAUCCCAUCUUCCCCUGACCUAAAGAAAAGUAGGAGUGCCUCCACCAUUAGUAAGUCUGAUUACAUGGAGAUCCAGGAGGGGGUAAACAACAGCAAUGAGGACUUUAGAGAGGAAAACUUGAAAACAGCCAACUGUACCCUGGCUAACACAAACUAUGUGAAUAUUACCAAAAUGUUAACUGAUGUCUGAUUGAAACCUAUUAGCAUAUUUACAGCUCAAGUGGAACUAAUGCAGAUAUUGCGUAAUAGCCUGCAUUGUAGCUGUCCUAACCGCGUGUACUUGGUUAUGCAUGGAAAGCAAGAAUUGUGAAGUGAUUUUUUUUAUUUCUUUAUUUUUUUUUUAAAUUUAGAACACAGACUAUCCUGUAUGUGGCUUUCAUGCAGACUUCCAUCACAGAUUUAGGGGUUUCCAAAGACUGAAGGUGUAGUAAGACAGGUGCAACUCAUGAAGUCAGGAUUCAGAAAGGGACAUUCAAACCAUCUCAUGUAAGCAGCAUGACCUACUAGUAUCAGUGUGUCAACUCUCCCAGUUAACUGCACUUAGCACAUGCAAGGGACUCCCCUCCCCAUCGGACUUACCAGUCAGCCCUUCCUU